AUGGAGGAGCUUCUGUUACCGAGUGGCGAGGAGGAGGCCGGCUCGGUCCACGGCUCGUGUGGGGCCGGGAGCACGGAGGGGAGGAUGGGGGACCAGAUGAAGACCUUCCUCCGGGCCACGGGGAAGUCGGACCUGCGGCAGAAGGUCCAGAGGUUCUGCCGGAGGAACGGGCUGCUCACGCUGUCGGUCAUCGCGGUGCUGACGGGCUGCACGCUGGGCUUCAUGCUGAGAGGAACCCAGCUCUCCACACAGGCCAAACUCUACUUCUCUUUUCCUGGAGAGCUGCUGAUGAGGAUGUUGAAGAUGCUCAUUCUUCCUCUCAUCACGUCCAGUUUGAUGUCGGGUCUGUCGUCGAUGGAGUCGAAGGCGUGCUGUCGGAUGGGCGUGCUCACCGUCACCUACUACCUCUGGACCACCUUCAUCGCCGUGGUGGUCGGCAUCCUGCUCGUCAUCAUCAUCAAACCCGGCGUGGGGACGGAGAUGGAGAGCCACCGGCUGGGGGGGGGGCCCGUCAUGACCUCGGCCGACGCCCUGAUCGACCUCAUCAGGAACAUGGUUCCAUCGAAUCUGAUUGAAGCAACGUUUCAGCAGUACAAAACAGAUCUGAUUCCCAUCCUCAAAGUCCAGACCAGAACCGUUCAGCCCAACUUCGUCUACCUGGUCCCCGAUGAGGACGACCCCAAGGGGCGGACGGUGUACCUGGAGCUGACUCCGCCCCCAGAGAUCACGUACAAGACGAAGCCCGGCAGCAGCCAGCAGAUGAACGUCCUCGGCAUCGUCAUCUUCUCUGCAACCAUGGGUCUGUUGCUGGGCAGGAUGGGAGAACGAGGGGCGCCGCUGGUCAACGUCUGUCAGUGCAUCAACGAGUGCGUCAUGAAGAUCAUCAACGCCGCUGUUUGGUACUUUCCUUUUGGGAUCAUCUUCCUGGUGGCUGGGAAGAUCCUGGACAUGCAGGACCCGAGCACCCUGGGGAAGAAGCUGGGCUGGUAUGGCAUCACCGUCCUCGCAGGACUCUUCGUCCACGGACUGGUCCUGCUCCCUCUCUUCUACUUCCUCCUCACCAGGAAGAACCCGUUCACCUACAUCCGCGGGCUGCUGCAGGCGCUGGUGAUCGCCCUGGCAACCUCCUCCAGCUCUGCCACGCUGCCCAUCACCAUGAAGUGUCUGCUGGAGAACUGCCACGUGGACCGGCAGAUCGCUCGCUUCGUGCUUCCUGUCGGAGCCACCAUCAACAUGGACGGCACGGCGCUGUACGAGGCGGUGGCGGCCAUCUUUAUCGCUCAGGUGAACGACUACGAGCUGGACCUGGGUCAGCUGGUCACCAUCAGCAUCACGGCUACAGCCGCCAGCAUCGGUGCAGCAGGGAUUCCCCAGGCUGGGCUGGUUACCAUGGUGAUCGUACUGACAUCUGUGGGGUUACCCCCUGAUGACAUCACCCUCAUCGUGGCCAUUGAUUGGAUCCUGGACAGAUUUCGGACCAUGAUCAACGUCCUGGGCGACGCCCUCGCUGCAGGAAUCAUCGCCCACCUAUGUCGGAAGGAUUUCCCUCUCGGUGAAACGGGAAAGUCUGUGCCGUCCUACGGAACCCAGACUCCUCACAACUCCCACAGCGUCAACAUGCCGAUGACCGAGAUCCACACACACAAGGACUGUAUGUUCGACACGCUGGGCGACUCAGCAGGCGAGGGACACGCCCACACCGUCUACUACAACAUCUGUCAGGUUUGA